AUGGGUGAAAGAAAGGUCUUACACAAAUAUUAUCCAACAAACUCUGAUCCGAGCAAUGUUCUCCGGAUCCAAAUACCCAAGAAUCAGCAAAACAAGGUUAGAGCGAUGCUUCCGUUUCCAAUUCGAUGCAACACAUGUGGGAACUACAUGAAGGCAGGUACCAGAAUCAACUGCCUUCAAGAAGAAGUAACCGGAGAAACCUACUUAGUCAUUAAGAUCUAUAGGUUUUACUUCAAGUGCAGUAAAUGUUGCGCGGAGCUGAUAUUGAAGACCGAUCCAAAGAAUUCGAGUUUUGUGGUCGAAUCAGGUGCAACUCGCGUUACUAGCCUUGCUGAACAACACGAUGAGGAGAAGCAAGCCGAUGAGAGUGAAGAUACUAUGAAUUCUUUAGAUUAA